AUGAAUAUUGAUCUAACGAAUAUUAUAGAAAAAGGUGAACAAUACAUUGUACAAGCAGUUUUUCAAGAUGAAGCACAUAAUUAUGAAUUAGCUAGACAAGCCUAUAUGGCCGCAGUAGAUUAUUUUAUACAUGCAACAAAAUAUGGAACUAUGAAGGAAGAAUUAAAGCAACAUAUACAUGUUAAUGUUGAAAAGUAUAUGAAACGAGCUGAAGAGAUCAAGAGAAUGAUGGAAAAUGAAACAUUAAUUGAUGAUACUAUGGAUUAUGCAAAUUUAAAAGAUAAAAUAAACAAUCAAGAUAUUGAAGAAAGUACAUAUGAUGAAAAUCUUAUACAAAAUACUAUUGUCACUGAUUCAAAAGUAACAUUUGAUGAUGUUAUUGGUUUAGCAUUUGCUAAGACAGUAUUAUUGGAAACUGUUAUCUUGCCUGCUAAAUAUCCAAAACUUUUUCAAGAUAAAUGUAAAUCAUCAACCUCUGUCUUACUCUAUGGUUCUGUUGGUAUUGGAAAAACUUAUUUAGCUACAUCGAUUGCUAAUGAAUGUAAAAUUAAAUUUAUUUCUCUGAAUGCAUGGGAGUUACAAUCAAAAUUUAUUGCUGAACCUGAAAAAUUAAUUAGAAAGAUAUUUGAAUUAGCUCAUCAACAACAACCAUCUAUUUUGUUCAUUGAUGAUAUCGAUAGUUUGUCUAAACAAAAUACUGAUACAGAUGACGACAGAUUUCAACGUAUAAAAACAGAAUUUCUAAUUCAAAUAGAAAAUAUAGAAAAGGGCAAUACGAAUACUUUUCUUAUUGCUACCAGUACUAAACCAUUUGAACUUGAUGCAACUAUUCAACGAAAAUUUGAAAAGCGAAUAUAUAUUCCACUACCUGAUAUCAAUGAACGUGUAGCUAUGCUAAAGAAAAUUUUUGAUUCAAAUAUUAAUCAUACUAUUAAUGAAAAUGAAUGGAUAGAAUUAGCAGAAAAAACUGAAAACUAUUCUCCUGCUGAUAUUACAGUUAUUUGUCAUGAAGCCGUAAUGGCACCAAUUCGUCAAUUAGUUUCAGCAACGCAUUUUAAACAAACGGCAAAUCCAGAAUCUAACGGACCUCCUCAACUUUGGUUUAUUUGUUCAUCAGACGAUGCAGAUGCUAAAGUAAUCAACUUGAAUGCAGUUAAGUCUAAUGAAUUGUAUAUACCUCCAGUAACUAUGUCAGAUAUGUUGACUGCACUUGAUAAAGUAAAACCUACAACUACUCAAAAUGAUUUAAUCGAAUAUCAACAAUUUUCUAAAGAUAAUUCAUAA